ACGUACUGUACCUGGACGACUAACCGACAGUGUACCAGAACGCAAUGAGUCGUGCUAAUGUCGAUAGAGUGCGGUGGGCUGAACUGGUUGAGCAGCAUCUAGCACACGCCUUGACUGCGAGCGAGUCAUACACCGAGGCAGAUAUCGCAGGCCACGUGGACUUCUUCAGACAUCAUGUUUGCGGCUGGCUAGGCCCGGGACCAGCACCAUCGCUGCCUCUGCGUCCUGCGUGUCCAUCGGCGCUGACGUUCGACGCAACUCCGGUCGAGGUGAGCUACGGGUGGAAGGGCACGUCGUCAGUCAUGGUCCGUUACGUGGUUGACUUGAUCGGGCGCCAAGGAAAUCCCAAUCGUGCGGCUUCGCUCAUGACAGCACAAAAGACAAUAGAUGGGUUGCGUAAACAUGAGAGCAGAUUGGGGCCCGGUGGAUACCGUAUCGACGUGCUGCCGGAUAUAUGGGAGGCUGUGACGGCGCGGCUGGCCCACUGGGAGAAGACGGACCACACGGGUGGAUGCAAAGUGUGCACACCCUCGACGACUUUUGUCGGCUUCGAUCUGGCGACAUCAGGCCGGGUGCACGGCAAGCUGUACUGGCGGCUUCCAGCAUGUUUGUUUGGCCAAAAGCUCCUCGAGUUGUUGGACGACGUCUUCGCUCUACUGCCACGCUACGGCGUAGACGUUGACGGCCAAUGGGCUCAGCUGCGACGCCAUCUGGCCUUGCACCCCACCAGCGAGGGAGGCAGCCAAGGUGUGCGACCGCGCAUGCUGUCGAUUGAUGCUACACGGUAUCCUGCGGCGCGCAUCAAGUUGUACAGCCGUUGUUACUUUGACUCGCACGCUUCCUUUGCCGACGCCGUUGAGCCACACCUUAGCCUGGACGGGGCGGUGCCGCUGCCACUCCCCUGUCACUACGCCACGCUGUGGGCCCGCCUCCAGGCACAGUACCAGCACCAGCCCCAGCACCAGCGCUACUGCUUGCUUGCUCACGAUAUGCUCCCCGGCACUACCCUCACCACCAAGCUGUACUGGUUUGCCGACCAGAUGCCCGCCGGCGAUGCCCUCAUCAUCAACGACUUGGUCGCCGACUUUGCCCCGCCCCACGCCUUCAUGAAGCGCCAGCUCGACGCCGGUCACUUUUGGCACAACUCGGCCUACAUUCGAGAGAUUGGCAUGGGCCAGCGCAAAGAUGCGUCCCACCAUGCUCACUUAAGCGAACCAACUCCACACCCAAAAUGCGACUCGGCCAAGUCCGCCUACCACAAGACCAACUCGUCGGGGAACCCGAUCUUUGCCUACUUUGGCAGCUCUGCUCAACCCGCCAACAAAAUAUUCAAGCCGGCAUUGUGUAAUCCGCUCAUGCCGCCUUCCCGAUUAGGCGACACACUAAUGUAG